AGGUUGCUCAGAGGUGGGAAAGGACCGAGAAGGCUCGGAAAGAGCUGGAGAAAGAAAUGAGAAAAGAUAAAGGGAGACUGUGGGAGUCCACAAUGUGGUGGGAAGACGUAAGUAGCUCGGAAACCGUGCGCUGCGCGAAUACUGAUGGACCCUAUCUGUGGUUCGGUCUUACAGAUUAUGGACAAGAUGCAAGGGAGGCGGACCAAAGGAGACUGGCCUGAGCUGAUGUACGCAUUGCGCAAGACUAUUCUCUCGGCUCGAGAGAAGCUUUCUAAGACUCUUGAGCGCCAAUACGAUCGCAAGGUCUCUCUGGCGGCCUUUGAGGAAGCUUACAAUGCCUGGGAAAACAAGCUUACGGCAGAGCAGCUGCUCGAGAUUAAAGAUGCCAAAGAUCACUAUGAGGCGGCUCGAGUGGACAAGCUGCAACUGAAACGGUUCUUCCUGGCCUUCUUUGACGGUAAAGGUCUACUCGACAACAAUAGGAUCCAUAAGAUCGAGAGGAAAUGCUUCAAGGCUUGCAUCAAGCUGCUCAAGGAGGCAGCAGAGAAGAUGAAGGAGAAGGAGGAACAGUCGACGAGAAGGGCCGCAAAGAAAUCCGAAAACCUCGAAGGGGCCGCAGAGGUAUCCGGGGAAGAGGGAGAGGACGAGGAUGAAAGUCCCGCUGAGAGAAGCCAGUCGGGGACUGAUGAGAACGAGUAGACGAUGGAAGACAGAAGAGCAAGACAACUCGUUGUUAUGAUGACAAUGACAUUGCUAUUGCUGCUGAUGAACAGUAUGGUGACGUGACGUCUAUGAGAAGUAUAC